GAGCAGACUCAGAGCGCUCAGUCGCUGUUAACCGUUGUUGCUCCUCGCUCUCACAGAAAACACUGAAGACAUAGAACCGCGGAGCAUCAAGGAGACGCCACGGUGUCAGGUUAAAACCGUCCACAGACUACUCAAUUCUGUCGUGUCCUACAAGGUAUGCGGCUAUAACUGUGUGAGGAUGGCAAAGCGACCCGGGACUGAGGACGGGAUGCGGACUUCACCUUCCAUUCUCCGGGAUUUCGUCGUCGAUUUGAACAUGGAUUGCGGUGGGGGUGACGGAGCCGCGGAGGACGUCUCCCUGGAAGAAAUCUUGACUCUGUACAGCCAGCCGAUAAACGAGGAGCAGGCGUGGGCAGUAUGUUAUCAGUGCUGUCGGACACUGGCGCAGACACACCGGAGGAAAAACUCAAAAUAUGCCGGCGCUUGUGUGCGGAGGAUUGAAGGACCCGGGGACGUGAGGAUCAGGAGGGACGGGACUGUAGGACUGCGCUUUGAUGAGAGCACAGAUAAAUACAAACCGGCUCCCACGUCAUUAGAGGUUAUCGACUCACUGGGUGUUAUGAUCUACAAAGCUCUGGACUAUGGUCUCAAAGAAAACGAGGAGCGUGAACUCAGCCCGCCGCUCGAGCACCUGAUUGACAUGAUGACCAACCACAAUAAAAGUGAGAGCGACCCCUGUCCCGACGAGGGCUACGAGGCUACUGAAGAAGAGGACGAGUGUGAGGAGGAGGAAGAAGAGGAGCUUGUAUCUGCCACCACCAACUGCACGGUCGCCAGAAUACGCAACUAUCGAGAUCUUAUCCUGUUAUGUUCUUCCCACCUGCCGAGCCCUUCAGACGCUCCCAGUCAUUACCAGGCUGUGUGCCGCGCUCUCUAUGCUGAGUCCAGGGAACUGUGCACCUUUCUGGAAAAGAUCAAGAGUGCUAAGGAGAACCUUCGGCGAAUGGAAGGUGAGACUCGGGAUGACCCCGUCAAAGACCUUGAUGAGCUGCAAAAUGCAGAUUGGGCACGGUUCUGGGUGCAGGUGAUGCGAGAUCUUCGACACGGUGUGAAGUUGAAGAAGGUUCAGGAACGUCAGUACAACCCACUGCCCAUUGAAUACCAGCUCACACCCUACGAAAUGCUGAUGGACGACAUCCGCUCCAAGCGAUACAAGCUGCGAAAAGUCAUGGUGAAUGGGGACAUCCCUCCAAGGUUGAAGAAGAGCGCACAUGAAGUAAUUCUGGAAUUCAUCCGGUCACGACCUCCUCUCAACCCGGCCGCUGCCCGGAAACUGAAGCCUCACCCUGUCCGACCGAGGAGCCUCCACGAGCGACUUCUUGAGGACAUUAAAGCUGAGAGGAAGCUGAGGCCGGUGUCACCGGACAUGAUUCGCAGAAACCGUCUAGUCAUGUGGCCUCUAAGCACGUCUUACAGUUUUGACUUGUCAGGUGCAGGAAAAAGCAUCAGCACCCCACAAGACUUGUUCCGAAGCUCAGACACUCCCGAUGCACCCAGGAAGUUAACUGUCAGCACCCAGUCUCUGGCCGCUGGCAUCUACACGGGACCCAGUCAAGCUGCAGGGCAGCAGCUAGGCCAAAGGAAGAGGCUGCUCAAAGCACCUGCUCUGGCUGAGAUGGACAGCUCUGAAUCUGAAGAAGAGUCCACGCAGAGCAGCUCCAGUAUGUCCACAUCUUUGAGGGAUGACACGUCACCCGAGUCUGCAACAGGGAAGAAGGUUCGUCCAAAGUUCCUGCCCAUCUCUACCGCCCCACAGACAGACAAGCAUCACUCUCCACAGAGGCGACACUCCAUCGAGAAGGAAGCCCCCACCAGUGUCCGUCCUUUUGUUCCUGCAUCCAGACAGAGCUCCAAGUCUUUGGUGAAAGCUGCCAGUGGUGCUCAGGGAACGGAGGAGUUCUGCUACCCAGUGGAGUGUCUGGCUCUGACGGUGGAGGAGGUGAUGCACAUCAGACAGGUCCUGGUUAAGGCUGAGCUGGAGAAGUUUCAGCAGUACAAAGACAUCUACAGUGCCCUCAAGAAAGGAAAACUUUGCUUUUCGUGUCGGACAAAGAGGUUCUCCUUCUUUACUUGGUCAUACACCUGCCAAUUCUGCAAAAGGCCUGUGUGUUCCCAGUGCACUAGAAAGAUGCGGCUGCCAUCUAAGCCUUAUUGCACCUUACCCAUCUACUCUUUGGGCCCCAGUGCUAUGGCAAAAGAAGAGGCAAGUGGAGCAUCUGCCGCAGCAGAGUCUGACAAGCACCAGUUUGGGUCAGAACACAACCGACACAGCCUACGCCGGAGCGUAAAGAAGUUGUCCAAGCAUGGUGGUAGUAGCAGCAGCAAAGAUGGCUGGACACAGGAUGAACUGGAGCUGCCCAAGGAGCUGACGGAGGACUGGGCAACUAUGGAGGUGUGUAUAGACUGCAAAAAGUUCAUCACAGAGAUCAUCUCCUCCAGCAGGCGCAGCCUGUGCGUGGCCAGCAAGCGAGCCCGUCUCAAUCGCAAUCGCAAAACCCAGUCCUUCUACAUGUCCUCGUCUAAAUCGAUCAACUUCCGGCCCCUGGAACGUUCCAUCAAUGAGGUGUAGAAAGAGGGACUGACUUGUGCACUUUUGUUAGGCUGAGCUUAUUUGUUGAAUGAAGAAAAUGCCCCCUCUUACCACAGUUAUUUUUUUUAUUUAAAUUUUUUUUUGUGUAUAGUAAUUUUCAAAAAAACAAAGCCAGUCUGUCCCACCCCAAAGGUAGAACAGGUUCGUACACCUUAACUGUCUCAGGAAAAGUUGGCAUGCUAUGAUUGUUCAUGCAGUCGCUGCCAGACAAAGUAGAGCCAUGUUUCAGUGAUAUUUCAGGCCACCGUGGAUAAAGUGAAACUGACGAGCUGCUGAUGUUGAAUCAGGUAAGAGAAUGCAUAUUGGACACGAGAGCAGGAUCAAACGUUGCAGACAGAUAAACGUUUCACUGAGUUUGUGUAAAUAAUAUAUUAAGGCCCAACCCCAAUCUUAGUCAUCAAUAAGUUUUUCCAGUUCCUGUUUACUUUGCACACUCAGGAAGAACAACCGAUUGUCUUUUUUGACAGAAAUGCACUGUAGAUGCUCUCGUCAGGAAUGCUGAGGUCGACCUCAGCCACUUUUCUGCUCCCUCCUUUAUUCUUCCAGCAACAGUUAUGCCAAAUAAUAUACCAUUCACUUUGUUAUAUUAAAAGCAUAGUCAUUUUUAUCACGCAACAUGUUGCAGGGCGAGAAUAGUCAGCAAAACAUUUUCUGGGUGGGACUUAGCUUUUAGUUAAAAUGUAUAUUCAGUUCUGUGCCUGGUGCCAAAACGUUAAAAAUGUUUUUAGCAAUGAUGGACCUAUUGUACAUAUGUGUUAUAAACCCAAUGGAGGACAUGCUGGGGUAUUCAAGGUUUGUUUUAUUUGCCCUUCCUCGUUUCGAGCUGCGCAGUACAAGCACAGAAAUGUGGGUUGUGAAUGUGUACAUGCUGUAGAUCUUAAUUGUCCCAAAUUUAAAUUUAAUAUAAAAAACAAAACUUAACUAAGCAGAAGUAUAAUUUUACAAUAUUUUAAGGUUUCUGACUCUUGGGGUUUAUUUUUGGAAUGUCCUUCUCUGACCUUUUUUAUCAUUAGUGUUAUUUGUUUCAACGUAAUAGAUUUUAUUUCUGUUGUAUAGUUUAUGAACUCAGUGUUAAGCUACUCCUCUAAAUCGCAAAUGGCACUUUCAUUGGACCAAUUUAUUGUUUAUGAUCUGUUUUUGUCUUAUUGAUAUUAAUAAUUAUUAAAAUCUUUGUUUUGUUACCUCUCGGGGGUCAGUAGUGCUGUUUUACCGGGGUUCCUCAUGAAUGAAGAUGUGUGUGAAUGUUUGCAGUCGAUUGUUUUGUUUCUGAGGAAGUGGCUAAAACAAAUGCUGACUUGAUUGUAUGGACUUUUUAAGUGUAUAACUGUCAUUGAAUAGGCUUUAUAAACAUAGUCAAAUGUGCAUAUACAGGACACGUGAUGCAUAAUGCGUAAACAUCUUCGUGUUUAUAGGGUUCUGUGACAGUUAUGACAAAAUGAACAUAGUCUAAACCAGUCUGUCAAACGAUGCCAUGUUCCAAUGAAAUGGGUCAUUUGUACCAGUUUUGAUUUUGAAAAUCUGUACGGAAUGUGUGCAUGCUGUUGCUGUACUGUGAUUUAUCUGUUUUUAUCUAAGAAAUAAUAAUAAAACCAUGAUUCUUA